AUGCAGUUCUGCUCACUGCAAGUUUUGCACUUCGCUCGCCCCCCUCUCAACAAUCUGCUCCCCCCCGUCCCAUCACUUCACUUCACAGCACCAACGGCAGCGACUGAGCUGAGCCGUCCGUCGCUCCCCUGCUUCUUCGAUCCUUGCUCCUUCCCUCCUCCACUCCUUUGCUCCUCCGCUCCUUCGUUCCUCCGCCCCUUCCCUCCUUCCUUCUUCGCUCCUCUGUUCCGUCACUCCUUUGUCUCCUCCGCUGCUCCUUCUCCUCGGCUGCUCUGCUCUCCUCCGUCGCCUCCUCUGCAGUGGCAGAGGAUUUCCCUUCACUCCUUCGCCUCCUCUGCAGUGGCAGAGGAUUCCCCUUCACUCCUUCGCCUCCUCUGCAGUGGCAGAGGAUUCCCCUUCACUCCGUCGCCUCCUCUGCAGUGGCAGAGGAUUCCCCUUCACUCCGUCGCCUCCUCUGCAGUGGCAGAGGAUUCCCCUUCACUCCUUCGCCUCCUCUGCAGUGGCAGAGGAUUCCCCUUCACUCCUUCGCCUCCUCUGCAGUGGCAGAGGAUUCCCCUUCACUCCUUCGCCUCCUCUGCAGUGGCAGAGGAUUCCCCUUCACUCCUUCGCCUCCUCUGCAGUGGCAGAGGAUUCCCCUUCACUCCGUCGCCUCCUCUGCAGUGGCAGAGGAUUCCCCUUCACUCCUUCGCCUCCUCUGCAGUGGCAGAGGAUCACUCCUUGCUCCUUCGCUCCACAGCUACUCCCAUCUCCUCUGCGCCAUCUCCUCUGCGACAUCUCCUCUGCGCCAUCUCUUCUGCGAGAUCUCAUUUCCUGCGGAAUGGAGAAAAGCCAUGA